AGAAGACCUGCAGUCAACACGCUAGCGACGACACGGACAGUGAUCCCAUCCACAGAGCCGUCGUUGCGCUGCUUUACUUGCAAGCCAUGGCGUCCAAGUCAAUCUCCUUGUUAUCGCUGGCACACGACCCGUCUAAUUUUCUUCUUUUACGGCCUCUUUCUUCAUUCAAAUCGAGUCACCUCCGUUUUUCGACCUGUCGCCGUCGUAUAUACACUAUAUGCUUGUUUUUUUGUCUAACAUUUUUCGCUGCUUCUGCCGCUAUACACUCGUUUUAUCAUAUGCCCUUGGCCUUUUAACUACUCUGAAGCAUGAGAACAUAAGCGCAGACAAAGAAAAAAAAAACAAGGCUCGACUGAUUCGCCAAUUCUAAUAUUUCUCGGCUGCGGGCUUUGUUGCCCGUCAUGUUCUCCUCGCUCGUCGAGCUCCUAGCGGGCUCGCUACUGUUUUUCAGCACCGUUUCCGCUGCAGACACAGGCGCGCCCAAAUCAGCGCCGGACCAGUUCUCCGACUGGACUGGCUGGGGCUCCAAUAUCUACAACAAUCGCUGGUCGACCAGCACCGAGAUCAACUCGACAACCAUCGCCGAUCUGAAGCAGAAUUGUAAAUUCGACUAUCCGCUCGGCGUCAGUGCGACACCCGUGGUCCACAACAAUACCGUCUACUACCCGACCAGCAAUGGCUCCUUCUACGCGCUGGCCUACGGUACCUGCAAGUUCCGAUGGCAGAUCAACGUCACCAAGAUCUGCUACGACGAGGAGCCACUCACGGGCUUUGUGCUGGAGAACUCAUUGCCCAUGUCUCGAACCAGCCCCCAGCUUGACCUGGAGAAUGGCAUCAUUUACUUUGGCACCCAGGCUCACGCACUUCUCGUCGCCGCAAACCUGACCACCGGCGAGGUUCUUGGCACGAUCCGCGUCCAUGACCAUCCUCUCGCUAUUCUGACCAUGAGCCCAACCCUAUAUGAGGGCAAUAUCUACAUAGGCGCCUCGUCCCAGGAGUCGUCCGCCACUGUCAACACAAGCUACCCCUGCUGCAGUUUCAUCGGCAAAUUCGCCUCGUACAACUUUGACCUCAAGACGAGGAACUUUACUGAGCGCUGGCACAUCGACACUCUGCCGGCCAACAGCGGCUGGUCAGGCGCAGGCGUAUGGGGCUCUCAGCCGGCCAUCGACCCUGUGCGCGGCCAGGUCUUCUUCGGCACGGGCAACACGUACGUAUAUCCAGAUUCGUACUUGCACUGCGUCAACGAGACCUCGGCCUGCAUGCCAGACGACGUUUCGCAAGAGUCCGUCUUUGCCGUCGACAUGAAUACCGGCAAAGUCAAUUGGCGCCAGAGAAUAUCUCCUCUCGACGGCUGGGUCAUGGUCUGCGGUUACGCCGGUGCACCGACGAGCGCAUCACCUCUUUGCCCCGAUCGACCGGGUCCAGAUGCGGAUUUCGGCAUGGCCCCUACCUUUGUUCCUGCAGCACUUGGCGAUGGCACGACUGGCAACGAUACUGUCGUUAUUGGCCAGAAGAGCGGUAACCUGUAUUCGUUUAAUGCAGUGACGGGUGACGUUCAAUGGAGCAUAAUCACGUCUCCCGACUCCGGUACUACGGGUGGACCUGGCGCCAUGUCUUGGGGCAUGGCCACCGACGACAAGAGCAUAUAUUUCACCGCCAUAAACUUCGGUGCUGUCAAUUGGACCCUGCAGCCCGGAAACGGGCCCCAGAUCAAUAACAGUGCAUGGGGCGCCGCCAACCUCAAGACCGGCGCUCUCGAGUGGGAGGUUCCUGUCCCGGACUUGCAGCUCGCCUACACCCCACCGGCUGUCGUCAACGACAUCAUUCUCGUGGGUCGAUCCGGUUCCCGCGCUGUCGUUAAUUCGGACACAACCGGCCAGACCACGGGUGCCGUCGUUGCGCUGGCAAAGUCCAACGGCAACACGCUCCAGACCUGGCCCGUCGACUCGAUCCAGCGCGGUGGCGUGCUCGUCGCCGGGGGUUUCAUGAUGUUCGGAUCAGGCUAUCACUAUCAGAAUUCGUUCAAGACAGGCUCGUUCUACGUGUACGGCCUUCCGGACGCCAUCGAGCAGGCCAAGAUCGACCCGACCGUCACGACCGAUUCACCCGAUCCGUCGACGGGCAGCGAGGGCACGGGGACAAGUGGGGCGCCAUCAUCUACGACAUCGAAGAAAAGCACGGCUGCAAGGGGUGUGGUACUCAACAUGGUUUCUCCCCUACUGGGACUCGCGUUGUUCAUGUGUCUGUUUGCGUAAAGGGAAAAUUUGUUUUUUCUUUGAAGAGGAUACGACCCCCAUGUUUUCACGUUUGUUUGCUUGGGCUUUUGGGCUUUGAUGAGCAUGUAUUGAAUUCCCAAGCCCUCUCCCAUUAGAACCCGCCCCGCCUUUUUUUUCGGCGGGGCAGAUAGAUACCUCUUCAGCGGCACAAGUGUGUGCAAAUUAAAAUAAUGCUAAUUUGUCCUUCCUGAUGUCCUCACUUCUAGUCUUCU